CUUUCGGCUUUGCGUGCAGGAGGUUCUUUGAAACUUUCUGGAUCUGUCAGUCUGGUUCACAGAAAACUGGUUUUAUCAGUAUUGGUCAUGGCAGGAAAACGGGAGAGUUGAGGCGUUUUUUUCCUCCGUCACGGAGACGGAACUGAGGUUUGCGACAACCAGUGUUAUCUGAUCCAGGCUUCGAGGGGGGAUCGCCAUGUCCCAGGGCCCGGCAGGCCAGUGGAGCCCGAUAGUGAUUGUGGAGACUGCGAGUGGAGCCCUGCCCCAGGUUUCCCAGUAUUCAGUGAAACCUGCCAACCAGGAGGAGGGCUGUGUGUCCUUUGAGGAUGUGGCUGUGUACUUCUCCUGGGAGGAAUGGACACUGCUUGAUGACUCUCAAAGGCUCUUGUACCAGUCUGUGAUGACAGAGAUCUUAACACUCAUGUCAUCGCUGGGACUUACACCUUCUGGGAUCCAUGACAUCACUCAGCUGGAGACUUGGGGAGAGCCCUCUGUGCCUGCAUUGAGAUUCCUGACUCCAGGUUGUUGGAUCAAAGUGGAGAGUGAAAUGUCCCCGUUUGAGCAGAGUCUGUCUGCAGAAGGUAUCAGUUCAUCCACGCUGCAACAGCACAUGUUGUGCUGUGCUGAGUCACCCUUGCUAAGCACAGACAAUGAGACAAUCCUCCAGACCUCCUCGGGUCUUCUCAGGCAUCAAAUGACUUACACUGUUGGGGAUGCCCCCACGAACACUGAGAGUGGAGAGGCCAUUCAGAGUGAGAAGAAGAACUGCAUAUGCAGUGACUGUGGCAAAACUUUUACUAGCACGUCCCACCUCAAUCGACACCGGAUGAUACACACUGGAGAAAAGCCUUUUCAGUGCAGUGAGUGUGGGAUGUCCUUCAGCCAAAAAGCCUUUCUUGUUAAGCAUUUCAGAAUUCACACUGGAGAGAAGCCGUUCAGGUGUGGUGAGUGUGGCAAAGCCUUCAAGCAUAAUAUCUCUCUCGUUUCUCACCAGCGAGUUCACACAGGAGAGACACCUUUCACCUGUACCGAAUGUGGGAAAUCAUAUAUGACCAGAUCCAAUCUUACACGUCACUUUCAAGUUCAUGCUGCGGAGAAGCCUUACAGUUGCAGUGAAUGUGGCAAAGCAUUUAAGGAGAAAUCCAGCCUCAUUUAUCAUGCACGAGUGCAUACUCGGGAAAGGCCUUUUCAAUGCAGUGAGUGUGGCAAGUCCUUCAGCCAAAAAGCCUUUCUCAUUAAGCAUUUCAGAAUUCACACCGGAGAGAAGCCUUUCAGGUGCAGUGAGUGUGGCAAAGCCUUCAAGCACAACUGCUUCCUUGUUGCUCAUCAGCGAGUUCACACAGGAGAGACGCCCUUUACAUGCACUGAAUGUGGCAAGUCAUACAUGAACAGAUCCAGCCUUUUAUAUCAUUAUCGGGUUCAUACUGGAGAAAAGCCGUAGAAGUACACUAUAGUGGUUUGAAUAGGUUUGGCCCCAUAGAUUCAUGUGUUUGAAUGUUUGGCCCAUAGGGAGUGACACUAUUAGGUGAUUUGGCCUUCUUAGAAUAGGUGUGGCCUUUUUGGAGGAAGUGUGUCACUGUGGGGAUGGGCUUUGAGGUCCAAAGCUUAAGCUCCACCCAGUGUGGAAGAGUUUCUUCUUGGCUGCCUUUAGAUCAGGAUGUAGAACCUCUGCUCUUCUUCACCAUGUCUGCCUGAAUGCAGCCAUGUUUCCUGCCAAGAUGAUAAUGGACUGACCUUCUGAAACUGUAAGACAGCCCCAAUUAAAUGUUGUCCUUUAUAACA